UCCUACAAGUCGGUAAAUCCGCUCGGUUUGAGAACCCAUGGGCAGAGGUUUUUUCUCGCCGUGUCGGGUCGGUCAGAGCUUGCCGAUGGCUGGGAAACCCAGCGCGACCGGCAGAAACGAGUCGGUGAAUAAAAUUGAGCUUCAACUCCCUGGAUCAGCGAGAAUCCAGUUUAGUUGCAUUUUUCGAAGGCUCAGAGAUGGCCGGAUACCCGCGAACCCUCUUUUUCCUGCCGUUAGUGAUAGCCGUUUGUGAAUCCAUCCCUCAUCACCACCUCAGCAAACACCACCAUGAAUUUUCUGCGGACCCGUCGAAGCUGAUUCAAAAUCCAUUCGCAGUCCUAGGCGACACUCUGGGCCAGGCGAAGGGCCCAAGUUCAACCAAAAGCGAGUCGACCGCCAACGCUCAGAGCGGCACGUUUGAAGGUAGUUUCGGACCCUUCAAGUUCUCCGUCUCCCAGUCGUCAGCUAGCUCCUCCUCGGGCAACGUAAACGGACUAAGCGACACUGGUGCAUCUUCCUCCGCCGCUUCCGGUUCCUCGGGAGCCUCUUCCGGUUCCUCAGGUGCCUCUUCCGGUUCCCAGGCCGGCUCUCACUCAGGAUCCCUCGUCCAUCCCCAUCACACAGACCACCUUCACCCACAUCAUUCGGACCCCCACCAUCUCUAUCCCCAGGGAUCCUCCAGUUCCAGCGCCAGCAGCUCCAGCGCGACCGGACACGGAGGUCCUGCCUCCACGUCCGGCUCCUCCGCUAACAGCCAAAGCUCCGCAGUCAACCAGGAGCCAUACGCUGAUCCCCACCGACACAAGGAAAAGCCCUACAAGUACCCUAGCCGACCCUCCGGCUACCAGGAAUCGAAACCUGAGUACCACAACUCAGGCUACCAGCCUCAAGAGAAACCCUACGGUCAAGGACACGAGUCGGCGUACAAACCUGAGUACAAGCCUGACUCUCAGAACCCCGGAUACCUGCCACAAUACAGACCCGAGCAUAAGCCCGACUCGUAUAAUCCAGGUUACCAGCCGCAAUACAAACCCGAGCAAAAACCUGAAUACAAGCCCGACUCUUAUAACCCCGGUUACCAGCCCCAGUACAAACCCGAGCAGAAACCCGAGUACGGACACUACCCGGAGCACAAACCUGAGUACACGUCGGAGCACUAUCAGCCGGAAUACAAACCCGAACAUAAACCAGAGCACCACCAACCAGAAUACAAACCGGAGCACCACCAACCAGAAUACAAACCUGAGUCAGGAUCAGGAUACUCAGGUUAUCGACCUGAAGAGCGGCCGAACCCGUACGACCACGAAUACAAGCACAAGCCGGUUGACACACCCGUCCACGAGCCGAGCAAGGUCCACUCGCACGCCACCAGCUCCAGCUCGAGCAGCAGUCAGAGUGGGGUCGUGAUCCCGGUUACGGAGAUCUCCAAGGAGCACCCUCAUCCCACCCACGAGCAGGGUACUUACGAGUACGUUAGGGGCCAGACCCCCGAACAAGCGGCCAGCAGCACCGAGAAGAGCGAGUCCGGUUACGCGGUGCACGUCACGAAACCUAUCGGCUCGAAGAUCACGCCCGAGGGAGAGGUGACCAAACCGACGGGGUCACUCGACGUCCGGACGUCCGUCGUCAGCACGGACGAAACGAAGAACGGCGUCAAAACGUCCGGGAUCUCCGUUUCGAGCAGCGCCAGCGCCGGUGAUAAACUCGUAUUUUCCAACUAAGGAGUCACAACCAAUCAACUGAACUCCUUUGGAGUUUUAUUGAUCGAAUUUCGGGCAUCUAUGGUUAAUGUAGCCGUGCACGACUGCAAAACCAUGGAUCGCGGCAAAAAGUCCGUGCAGUGGUAACGGUAUCCACGACUAGGAGGCCAUUUUCGGACGCGAUAUUGGCUUUUCUUGGUGCUGCACGUUGAAAUGGGAACUAAAAAUAUGCACUCUCUGCUUUUCAAAAACGUAUUAAUUAAGAAAGACAGAGCAAGCUCGUUGAUUCAACGUACAAACUGCCCUGACCUAAAUGAUGCAGAUGUGUUCCCCACGAUACAUCGAUAGUGUGCCAUAUAUUUUGAUUCAGGAAUGUUAUAAAGUGGAACGUGGCAAGUGUUGGUUUCUAUAUUAUACCCUUUAAAAGCUAGAUCAGAAUUUUAUUAUUGUUAUCUGUUUUUUUCUAUCCUUCAGUGUUUUGCAAUUUUAAGUGUGCGGAGAAUAAAGUCUGAUCGGAGAAAU